CGUUCAAACAUUUCUUCAUCCUUUAAAUACAAAAAAUAAAAAAUCCCUAGAAAAUAACCUUAUCUUCAACCAAGAAUGGGAGAGGUCCAAGAAGGUGCCAAAGUUGAACAAGAGAAGAAGCCGGCUGCCACCGUAGUUCCAGUCGAGACUACGGACGGCAAGCCAAAGAGCGGCGGAGGAGAUUCCGCGGCAGCAGCAGCCCCGGCCGCCGCUGCCUUUGUUUACAAAGUUGAUCUGCACUGCGAAGGCUGCGCUAAGAAGAUUAAGCGAAUGGUGAAGCACUUUGAUGGAGUGAAAGAUGUGACGGCGGAUACAGGUGGUAAUAAGCUUAUGGUGGUCGGAAAGAUUGAUCCGGUGCAACUCCGGGAGAAGUUGGAGGAGAAAACUAAGAGAAAGGUGGUACUCACCAAUCCACCGCCAAAGGUAGAGGGACCUGUUGCUGCCGCCGUUGGAGAGAAGAAAGCUGAUGGUGGUGAUAAGGCGGCGGCUCCUCCUCCUCCUGCUCCGGCAGCUCCAAAAGAGAGCUCGGUGCCUUUAAAGAUCAGACUACAUUGUGAAGGAUGUAUUCAGAAAAUCAAGAAAAUAAUAUUAAAAAUCAAAGGGGUCGAAACGGUGGCUAUUGACGGAGCUAAAGACUUGGUGACGGUGAAAGGAACGAUAGACGUUAAAGAACUUGUGCCUCUCCUCACUAAGAAGCUCAAAAGAACCGUCGAGCCUCUUGUUCCCGCCAAAAAAGAAGACGGAGCCGCCGAGAAGAAGAAGACAGAAGCCGCCGCUCCUGACGCAAAGAAAGAGGCUCCGGCCGCCGGAGUUAACGAAGCAAAGAAGGAAGGAAGUGACGGUGGUGAGAAGAAGAAAGAGGCCGGAGACGGCGGAGAGAAAAAGAAAGAAGCUGGUGACGGCGGAGAAAAGAAGAAAGAAGCCGGAGACGGAGGAGAGAAGAAGGAAGGAGGAGGUGUGCCGGCGCCGGUGGCGAUGGUGAAUAAGAUGGAUUAUUAUGGGUACUCAUCUUAUCCAACGGCUCCGAUGUAUUGGCAAGAAGGACACGUGUACGGUCAGAAUUAUUCGAUGGGAGGUCAGAGUUAUCCCGUGGCAGGUCAGAGUUAUCCAGGUUCGGGAUACAAUUACGCGAGUGAGAGUUACGUGCCGUACUCGCAGCCAAACGUAAACGAUCCUGGAAUGUUCAGCGACGAGAACCCCAAUGGCUGCUCCGUUAUGUAAUAAUGGGGUUAAAUUGUAAAUAUAAGAAACUCUAAGGGUUUAUGCAUAAAUGUGGGAACACUUAGGUAAAAUUUUGAAAGUCGAGUUUGAGCCAGCGAAUUCUGACGUGUAACAUUGUUCCUUUGUUAGUUAGUUCUUUGGGGAAUGUUGAAUAAUUAAUUACUUUACUU